UACAAGUUUCUAAAAAUAGCCUCCGUUCACGGUCAUUACUAGUGUAGUGGCACGAAAAUUUCAAACCUGUCCCCCAGGCUUUUUCUAACAACCCCAGUCUUUACAUGAAUAAAAAAUCACAAUUAUCGUUUCUUAUCAAACAAGGCCCACGUUCCAAUUAUUUAGUGCUUCUAGAAAGAGCUGCAUCAUCUCCUAACUGAUAAUUCAACUAAAAAAUUUGUGACCUUCCGAACUGCAACCUGCCGAUAUAAAUAUUUCCAGUGUCAACUCAAAUUAGACGCUUGCUCACUGGGUUUGCUCAGAAUAGUGCAAACAUGAUCAAAGCAAAAAAAUACAUUUUUGAAAAACAGUUCGUCGGACUACCAAAAGCGACCGAUUUGAAAUUAGUAGAAGAGGAAUUGCCACCCAUCAAAGACGGAGAAUUUUUAACGGAAGCGGUUUAUUUGAGCGUGGACCCAUACAUGAGAGCCUAUGCACCUACUGUAAAACUAGGAACGACGUUCAUUGGAUCCCAAGUAGCCAAGGUACUGGAAAGCAAAAACUCGAAGUACCCGGUUGGUAAAUAUGUCGUGGGAGAAUUCGGUUGGAGGACGCACACCAUAGUCGAUGACACUCCUAACCCUAGAGGUUUCCCUAGUGCUUGGUUGAUUCCAGACCCUGAAGGGCUACCUCUUUCGUUCUCUUUGGGUGUUUUGGGCAUGCCUGGCAACACGGCCUAUUUCGGCUUCUUGGAAAUCUGCAAACCCCAGCCUGGAGAAACCGUGGUGGUUUCAGGGGCGGCUGGUGCCGUCGGGAGCAUCGUGGGCCAAAUUGCCAAAAUAAAGGGUUGUACGGUGAUCGGGAUAGCCGGGUCGGACGAAAAGGGCAAGUGGUUGGUGAACGACCUCAAGUUUGACACUUUCCUCAACUACAAAGACAAGGAUUUUGACCAGAAGCUGCUACAAGCAACGCCCAAAGGGGUUGAUUGCUACUUCGAUAAUGUAGGGGGGCAACUAAGUACGAAGAUCUUGAACAGAAUGAAUUUGUUCGGACGGGUUUCUGUCUGUGGAGCGAUUUCUGGGUACAACGAUAAGGACGACGCGAAGGCGGAUGCGGUGCAGUUCGCCCUAGUUUUCAAACAACUGAAGAUGGAAGGCUUCGUGGUGCACAAAUGGAUGGAUCGAUGGUUUGAAGGUAUUGAGCAAAAUAAGAACUGGAUUAAGAAAGGAAAAUUGAAGUAUAGAGAGACUGUGACCGAAGGGUUUGAAAACAUGUUUAAGGCCUUCGUGGAUAUGUUGCAGGGGGGUAAUACUGGGAAAGCUAUUGUUAAAGUCUAAGCGACUUGUUAAUUUUUGUUUAUAUUAAAUAAACAAUAUUAAGUUCA